AUGACGGCCGACAAAGGAGCCUCGAGCUCCACCACGCUGCCCGCCGAGAUCUACGAACAAAAGGAUGAAGCUUACUUUGGCUACUACUCCAUGCUCUCGCACCAGGCUCAGAUGCUCCAAGACACGGUCCGAACAGCAGCCUACCAGCGGGCGAUCCUCAACAAUGCGCAGCACGAUUUCGUCGACAAGGUGGUCAUGGACGUCGGGGCGGGGAAUGGCAUCUUGAGCUUCUUUGCGGCGCAAGCGGGGGCGAAGAAGGUGUAUGCCAUCGAGGCGUCCAACAUGGUCGAGUGCCUGCAGAAGGUGGUCGAUGCUUCGCAUGCGACUCGGAAGCCGGAGGUGGUGAAGGGGGAGAAGGAGGCGCUGGAGCUGAUGGGUGCGGGCGAUGCGGGACUGGGCGGUGUGAGCUUUGGAACGACCAAUCCGACCGAACAGAGGAACGGCUGGUUGCAGGGGAGACUCGUACCCGUGCACUCAAAGGUGGAAGACGUCACGGCGAAACACCUCGAGGGCCACACACAGGUAGACACGAUCGUCUCGGAAUGUCUCGGAGUGCUGCUGGUGCACGAGCGCAUGUGCGAAAGUUUUCUGGAUGCAAGAGACCGGUUCCUCGCCCCGGGAGGGUCCGUCUUCCCCUCGGCCGGCACCAUCUGCCUCGCCCCAUUCGAGGACAAGCAGCUGUGGAACGAUACCGCCAACAAGGCCAAGUGGUGGCUCAACAGCAACUUUUACGGUGUCGACGUCUCCCCCUUUGCGGCUCUCGCGUUUGAGGAAAAUUUCUCGAGCCCCGUGGUGGGUGUCUUCCCCCCGCAGUGUUUGCUGAGCGUAUCGAGCGACUACGUGAUCGAUUUCGCCAGUAUCACGCAGGCCGAGCUGAGGGAGUUCACCGUUCCCGUCGAGUGGGUGUUCGCCAACGCAGCGAUAGUGCAUGGGCUGGGAGGAUGGUUUGAUCUGCACUUCAACUCUCAAUCGCCCUCGAACAACGAUACGGAUACGACGAUGGGCGAGGCGACCACCAACGCAAAUGGGAUGUCGCUCGAAUCGGCGCUCGACACGCUCAAGACGGCUUCCGCUCUCGCCUCGGCCUCCACACCCACCUCGAAUAGCACAGAUGCGAUUCUACCCACCAUCCCCACCGUCUCAACCACCUCGGCAACAGCUGGCAACUUUAUGACCACCAGUCCCUACGCGGAUCCGACGCACUGGCAGCAGGUCCGCUUCCUCCUUCCCGAACCCCUCGCCGUCAACCGAAACCAGAAGAUUGCCGGUAGCGUCCACUGCAAGGUCAACGACCAGAGGAGUUACACCAUGACCGCCCACCUCAGGCUGCUCAACCCGGACGGUACCGCGUCGGAUAGCCCCACGACCACGAGGAAAGCUGUCUGGCGGCUGGAUCGUCAGACGUACUCCUGGUCGUGA